AGCUCAAAGAGGGGCGCGCACCCCCAUUCACCUGGCCGUGCGCGUUCCCACACCUCCACCUCGGUCGCGCGCACGCCCUUCCAUCUGGCCGCGUGCACUCACUCACCUAGCCGCGUGUGACCUUCCACCUGGUGGCGCGCUUCCUCUCGGUUGGCGGCGCGCGGCUUCUGUCACCUGACCGCGCGCUCCCUCGCACCUGACCCGGCGGCCAGCGGCAGAUGCGCGCGCGAGCGGCCCCGAACCUGGGCAGUUGUCUUCGCUCUCUGCGCGCGCACACACACACUUCCAAAAAAUUUUUUUUGGGGGGGGGAGGAAGGUGGUCUGAGUAGAGGCGCGCUCCCGGUCAAAAAAGAGGACGGCUUUCCCUCGCGUGCGCGCGCGCUCAGAAGGAGAAGCGCAUACAGAUUCAGCCAAAAAAAACCACACACAUACACAACAGGAGCAACAACAUAAAAGAGAAAAAGAAGAAACCCCGGAACCGAGAUGGCGGAAGCGCCUAUUGUUUGAAAACAGAAGGGAGAGAGAGAGAAAAGCCAUUUACUCGGAGUAACUUACAACUUACCCAAAGGAUUUAAUUUUAAAUAUAAAGCGAGGAAACCCCAGCUUUCGGGAUAAAUACAUGAGGAAAGAGAAUCUUCACUGAUGCUAAAUUCUGUGCAACAAUUCUUUUUUCUGCAACGAGGGACUAAUUUUACAUUUUUUAUUGUUUGCAACAUCGGUGGGGAGAGGUGGAAAGUGGGGAUGAAGAGUUGCAAGAAAAAGCUGCGCGUGUGAGAGAGGAUAAAGAAAAAAUAGUAAAUUAUCAUUUUUUUAAAAAAAGAAGAAAGCGCAGCUCCUGUUGGUCGAGGAAUGGCUUCGAAGGAGCGGCUGUACGAGCUCUGGAUGUUGUACUUCGCCAAGAAAGAUCCUCACUAUCUGCAACAAUGGCUUGAAGCCUUUGUCACUUCCUUUGAACGAAUUAUUGAUGUCAACACUUAUGAACCAUUGCAGCGAAGACCUGAAGAGAUGGCUACAGAGAUUCCACUGUUGCCAGGCAAUGUGCUUCAAGUUCUGAGCCAGCAACUAAAUGAAUGUGUACAGAGAUUAUCCACUGAAGAGGCUGAGGCAGGCCUUGGGCAAGCGCUCCUCCUGAUAAAAUUUCUCAUUAUUAUCUGCAGAAAUUUAGAAAAUAUUGAAGCAAAGGUCACUCCAACCUUUCACCCGGUUAUAAACCUGAUGACUGUAUGUAUUGUUAUGUUAAAGAAGGGAGCACAGGAGAAGGGUUUAUCAGAGAACUCAAAGGUCGAGCAGUUAACCAUGUAUGCACUGCACCUCUGUGAAUGCCUCUUUGACCCAUAUCAAAUCUGGAGGCGGCACUUGGGGGGAGAGAUUAUCAGUUCCAUGGAAAGGAGUAAAUAUAAAUUUGCACCAGCUGUUUUACCUCAGGAAUUUAAUACAUUCUUCCACGAAAGUUUCAAGGACAGCCAGAGUUUGCCAAAGACAAUCCACCUAAGAAUUUUAUAUCUUUAUGGAGCUAUUAUCAGUGGAAGUAAGCAAAAUGCACUACGAGCCAUCACCCCAACCUCUGUCGAGGUGCUUAUGCUGAUUCUCAGGACCUCGUGUGACACAGGAACUCAGGAGCCGAAGGAUACCCGGAUGUUGCAAGUUGGCUUGAAGUGUCUGAUUGGAAUGAUCCACAUUCUCCACUCUAGCAGCAUUGACCAGAGGAAAGUAACAAUCGAGACAAUAUUGGACAGCUACUUUAAGUUGUUGAAUGCUGAUAGGCCAUUGGCCGUGCAGGAAGAGGGGGCUAAAACCCGGUUAGAGGAUGGCUUCAUCACCCUACGGAUCAACAUGCUCAGUGCUAUCUCUGAAAUGUUGAACUGUAAGGAUCGGCCUGUGCUCCAGGCAGUGUUCCUUAAUAACAACUGCUUUGAGCACAUUAUCCGUCUCAUCCAGAACAGCAAGCUGUAUGUAAGCAGUAGGUCUAAGGAUGACAGCAAGGGUGGGAGUGAUCUUGCCACUCAGUUACUGACUGAAAUCAAUCUCAGCAAGGUAUUUGAGAAAGAGUCAGACUCCAUCACAGUGCAUGCUAUCAGAGUGCUAACAGCGAUAAUGAAGAACUCGCCCUCUGCCAAGGAGGUAUUCAAGGAACGGAUUGGUUACUCUCAUCUCUAUGAGGUGCUGAAAAGCCAGGGGGAGCCAACAAAGCAACUCCUGCAGGAACUGAUGAACAUGGCUACUGAGGAUGAGAAUAUGACUUCCCUCAACACGAUCAAUAAUGAGCAGGCACUGUUGAUCCUGGUGCAGUGGAUUCCUGACCUGGAAUCUCGCAAUCUACAGAUCUUUGUCUCUGAUUGGUUAAAAAAAGUGUGUGGCGCUACUCUUCGGACUCGCAUGACCUGUGUGAAGGCUGGGGUGUUGAGCGCCACUCUAGCAUCAUUGCAUUGCCACUCACGGCUCGACAGGAAGUGUGGCGAGAAUCUUAUUGACUUGCUACAGGUGCUGGGUAGCCUUUCCAUUCAACCUGGAGAACUCCGGCAGCUCAUAAAACUACUUCGGACUACAGAUGCAAAAGCACAUCCGUACUCUGCCCAUGUCAUUCGGGCCUUAUCAGCCAUGGCGAAGAAAGAUGGAUCUGAAAAUGUGCUGCAGUACUUUGACCUGACUCCCAGUAUGGCAGGAAUAAUGGUUCCCAUCAUUCAGAAGUGGCCGGGUAAUGGUUUUGCUUUCCACACCUGGCUCUGUCUGAAUGAGGAGUGGGAGGAUGGUUGCAUGUUCAGCAGGAGACCGAAACGAAAACAACUGUACAGUUUCUUUACAUCAAGUGGGACUGGAUUUGAAGCCUUCUUCACGUCCGAUGGGAUGCUAGUUGUUGCAGUUUGCACCAAGAAAGAAUAUAUGACCGUGGCACUCCCAGAAUUCUCCUUGAGUGACUCUCACUGGCACUGCAUUGAUAUUGUUCACAUCGCAGGACGCCGACCCUUUGGGCAGAAUGUGGUUAAUAUCUAUACAGACGGUUAUCUGAGAAAGACUGCACAACUACGAUUCCCUUCACUAAAUGAGUCCUUCACUUACUGCUGUAUUGGAUCAGCUGGUCACAGAACAACGACAACAGUUAUUACUUCUCCCAUCCAGACUCCCGAUCUAUCCUUCACUUCACAUUACCCCCUCAACCGUUCUCAGUCCUUCCCAGCCAGCUUUACAUCCCCCAUGAGAGGCUCCACCUCUCCACAAGCCAUUGUGAAUACAAUCGCGGCCAGCAUGCAGGAUGCAGAAUGGGGCACACCAACAUCCCUGGAAGGGCUGAUGGGAUCCGUCUUUGUGUUCCAUGAAGCCCUGCAGCCGAUGCAGAUCAAAGCACUUUUCAAUGCAGGUCCAAACAACUUAUUGCCAUUUAAGCCUGACAGUGAGCUAUCCGAUCUGAGUAGCAAGCUGCUCCUUCAUUAUACUCCCAAGGCCUGCAGAAAUCAGAUUUGUUUAGAUCUGUCCACAAACCACUUCUAUGAUGGGAGGUUGACUGGGCACAAUACAGUCAACUGGGAUAUCAAGGAUGUGAUCAACUGUGUUGGGGGGAUGGGUGUCCUCCUACCACUUCUGGAACAAGUGGCUUCCAAAAGUGACGAUUCAGAGGAGAAUCAGGAGACGACUGACUUAGUGGGACCAGAACUGACCUCUUCACAGAACAUCCAAGGAAUGCUCCUACCUUUGGGCAAGUCUUCAGAGAGCAAAUUGGAGAGGAAUAGUGUAGCUGCGUUUUUGCUGCUAGUUAAGAAUUUAAUCCGAAACCACACCAUAAAUCAGGAGAAUUUCAUCCAGUGCAAUGGCCCGGCUGUCAUAGGUGCCCUGUUGCAAAAGGUUCCAAGCCACAGAGUGGACAUGAAUGUACUGAUGGCCUGUCAGUUCCUCAUGGAGCAGGUAGCUAGUGAAGGCAAUAAUCUCCUCCUCCACUGCAUGUACCAGUACCUGCUCUUUGACUUCCGCAUCUGGAGCCACAGCGAUUUUGCCGUUCGAUUGGGUCACAUACAGUACUUAUCCACAAUUGUCAAAGAUCACAAGCAACGUAUCAGAAAGAAGUAUGGUGUGCAGUACAUUCUAGACUCCAUCCGAACACAUUAUGGCCCACAGAAGGAUAACCGGACCACUGCUGAUGUUAAAACUGUGCAACUGUCACUCUUCACCCUGGUGAAGGAAUUUAUCACCAAAGUAAUUACAGCUGAGGAGUUGCACUGCAUCAUCUCUUACAUGGCAACAAUCAGUGAUGAUGAUCAGCUUUGUGGUAUUCUGGACAUCUUGCUCAGUCUGUUAAAGGGAGGUCCUUCCAGAGACCAGCUCUUUACCUUGCUGUUUGAGCCUGGCAAUGUGGAAGUGUUUUACUCAUUGAUCCUACAGAAGAGGUAUUCUGAUGAAGUGCGUGAGAAGAUCUUUAGGCUCAUGUACAAGAUGUUGAAGUAUGACAAAGUUCACGAGAGAUGCAAACUGCGACUGAAGCUGAAAGAUAUUGGCUACCAAGGUCUGACCUCCUUCCUGAAUGAAUUUCCUGCCUCAAUGUCACUCAUUCGGUGCUUGUCAGAGCAGGUGCUGUGCUCAGAUCCUGUUCCAAAUUACAAGGACCUGAUUGCCGUAGUUUAUUUAUCUCACAAAGCAGACCUAACUGUGCGGCUGGACGUUUGUCGAAAGCUGUUCCAUCUGAUUUACUCUCAGCAAGACAUUGUUCGUCAGUUGGCAAAACAGGCUGGAUGGCAGGACAAUUUUACCAAGCUCUACGUCAAAGAGUCAUAUGAAUCUCGAGAGGCCAGUCUAUCAAGUUCAUUUACUAACUACUCCAUUGACUUACUUAAGAACUCAGAUCAGAGCCAAGACUUCACCCAAGAACAAGACAAAGAGUUGAUCAAUCGCAUGAGUAGUCAAUCAGACUUCCAGGACUCUGAAGUCUUUCUCCCUUUCAAUAUGGACCUCAAUGAAGGCUUUUCAAAAGGACAACCCGACCAUUCCAUGCUUGGUCUUUUUCCCUCCAGUGAGAUGCAGUCCUACGAUUCCUUGAUCAAGUCAUUUGAUUCCAUGGACCACACAAGUAACUCUUCGACCAAUACCAUAGACAUUCCAGGCUCAGGUGAAGCCAUCCCUUCUGAUCCUUCUGAAGAUGCUUUCUACCAGCCCCUGUCACCUUUUGCACAACCUUCCUUUGACUUGGGAACAGAAAUGGGAAGCACCAGUUCCUUUACCACUGUGGAGAGUGGAAAUUUGACUCCAGUCAGCACAUCAGAAACACCAUCUCCUCUUGAGAAUUUCAAACCUUUCCCAGGAAUUCGUACAUGGAAAAGCUCCAGUCUCUCCAAUGUCCUCGAUGACUCUAGCUACCAAGAGAAUCUCCCCAGUGACGAUGCUUCUAAUACCAGCAACCCACAGCAAACACCAGAAGAGGAACUUUGCAACUUGCUAACAAAUAUCAUCUUCUCUGUAAUAUGGAGAGGGGUAGAGGGCUCCGAAGAUGCAGCGUGGAAAGAGCGAGGGCAAAUCUUUUCUGUCCUGACAAAACUUGGGACUGCCUGUGAGCUGGUACGCCCACCUGAUGAAAUCAAGAGAAGCCUACUGGAAAUGAUGUUGGAGUCUGCAUUCUCUGACAUUAAGGACUCUACAAGCACUGCAUUAGCAAGCCAUAUCCAAAACAUCCUGAAGCUGCUCCGACUGCUUCAGGACUUCCUCUUUUCAGAAGGGCAAAACAAUCAAGUGCUAUGGAGUGAAAAGAUUCUUGAAGGUGUAAUUAACUUAUUGGACAAGCUUGCUGUUUGGUACCAUUCAGACAAUGAGAUGUCAGAUCUGAAAGAAAUGGCUCAGAUUGGCCUCAGGAUUAUCCUGGGUUACAUUGUACAGGAAGACAUUCAGGUGUGUGCAAUGGCCUGUGUGAAGCUUCAUAGCCUCCUCCAGACCAUGCCGAUACAGAAGGAGGAGGCUUGCUUUCUGCUGGGAAAACUGGAUGUUCCCCUUACGAGAUCCAUCAAGGGUAAGACUGAGAUCUUCUCUUACCUGAUGCCCAUUGUCCGCACUCUCAUGGACCAGUGUUACCAAUUGCUUGAGCUGCAAUACCAACUGCCAUCCCUGCCACCCACCAAUGGCAGCCCGACCUUCUUUGAGGAUUUCCAGCAUUUCUGUGUUACCUCUGAAUGGAGACUCUUCAUGGAAAAACAGGUUCUGAAAGCUAUGACUCAGUACGAGCAUGACACGUUUGCCAGAAGUCACAAUCAGAUGUCUAGCUUCUGGAAUUCCUGCUAUGACUCUCUAAUGAGCAGCUCGCUACGUCGGGAGCAUGAGCGUGGGGAGAGUCGUUCCAAGUUUGAGGAGUUGAUGCUGGAGCCAUACAUGAAGCGUGUGAGAUUUGAGAAUGCUCGAUACAGCAAUAUCCUCAAACAGAUCAACAGUCAUCACAACACAGUGCUUCGGCAGUGGCAAUCAUUAAGACGUCUCUUUACUUGCCCACGUGGGGCCUGGGCCGAAUGCAAUCUGACUGAAAUUAAAUGGAAACUAUCAAGUGUGGAGACCUACUCAAGGAUGAGGCUCAAAUUGGUUCCAAACUACAAUUUCAGCACACAUGCAGAAGCUAGUGCCUUGCGGGAUAACCUUGAAAUGGAAGAUGCAAUUAUAAAAGUAACCCAGCUGAAGUUUGGAAAAAACUUUUUCUUCUCAUACAGAAGCAGAGUUGAAUCUGAGGAGCCCAGUCAGAAGGAGAAAUUGGUGAUCUCAGAGGAGUGUGAGUUGAUCACAACUGUUGCAGUGAUCCCUGGGCGCCUGGAAAUCACCACACAGCAUAUGUAUUUCUAUGAUGGCAGUAUUGAAAAAGAAGAGACAGAGGAAGGAAUUGGCUAUGAUUUCAAGCGUCCCCUGUCUCAUCUUGGAGAGAUGCACCUCAGACGCUAUAACUUGAGGAGAUCUGCGUUGGAGUUCUUCUUUAUCGACCAAUCAAACUACUUUAUCAACUUCAAAAAAAAGGUCCGAAAUAAAGUAUAUUCACGUAUAGUGAGUACACGUCCCCCCAAUCUUAAUUUCAACAGCCGCUCCCCUCAGGAACUGUUGAAAGCAUCUGGAUUAACUCAGAAAUGGGUUCAGAGAAAGAUCUCCAAUUUUGAAUAUUUAAUGCAGCUCAACACCAUCGCAGGGAGAACCUACAAUGAUUUGUCUCAGUAUCCUGUGUUCCCAUGGAUCAUUUGUGACUACACAUCUGAGGAACUGGAUCUGAACAACCCAAGUGUUUUCCGGGAUCUCUCUCGGCCCAUUGGUGUGGUAAAUGAUAAGCAUGCAAAGGAUGUGAAGGAGAAAUAUGAGAGUUUUGAAGAUCCAACUGGAGACAUUGAUAAAUUUCACUACGGUACGCACUACUCCAAUGCAGCUGGAGUCAUGCAUUACAUGAUCCGGAUCGAGCCUUUCACUACCCUGCAUAUCCAACUACAGAGUGGCAGGUUCGACUGUGCAGAUCGUCAAUUUCACUCAAUCCCAGCAGCCUGGCAGGUCCGAAUAGACAAUCCUGUAGAUGUAAAGGAGCUGACCCCAGAAUUUUUCUACUUCCCAGAAUUCCUGGAGAACCAGAAUGGGUUUGAUCUCGGCUGCCUGCAGAUGACCAACGAAAAUGUAGCUGAUGUUGUCCUUCCAAAGUGGGCAAAAUCCCCUGAAGAUUUCAUUUACAAACACAGAAAAGCACUGGAGUCAGAACAUGUCUCUACAAAUCUCCAUAAUUGGAUCGACCUGAUUUUUGGCUACAAGCAAAGGGGCCCUGCAGCUGUUGAGGCAUUGAAUGUCUUUUAUUACUGCACAUAUGAGGGUGCAGUAGAUCUGGAUGCAAUUGCUGAUGAAACUGGAAGGAAAGCUUUAGAAGGAAUCAUCAGUAAUUUUGGGCAAACUCCAUGCCAACUUCUGAAGGAGCCACAUCCUCCACGUCUUAGUGCAGAGAAUGCUGCCAGGCGCUUAGCACGAUUCGAUUCCACACCAAAUGUCUUUGAGCACUUGGGCCAACUCAAGUCCUUCUUUGUUGAGGGCAUCAGCGAUGAUAUUCCACUAGUGCAGGCCUUGGUGCCAACAAACCAAGCCUACUCUUAUUUAACUCCAUAUGUUCUGGUCACAGUGAGUGCAAAUGGGUUGAUAGGAACUCAUGGCUGGCUGCCAUAUGACAAAAACAUUUCCAACUACUUCACCUUCACACGAGAUCAAAAUGUCUCCAAUGCCAAGUCUCAGCGCUUCUUGUCAGGCCCAUUUGCUCCUGGAGUCAAUUUAUCACCAAAGAUCCUGGUCAUUUCCCCUGACGGUAAACUUCUCUUCAGUGGCGGCCACUGGGAUAACAGUCUCCGGGUUACAUCUCUGAGCAAGGGCAAAGUGACGGGACACAUCAUAAGGCACAUAGAUAUUGUGACAUGCCUGGCCUUGGAUCAUUGCGGUACCUAUCUCAUCUCUGGAUCAAGAGACACUACAUGCAUAGUGUGGCAGGUCAUCCAACAAGGUGGAUUUGCUUGUGGUUUGGCUCAGAAGCCAGUGCAGGUCCUCUAUGGACAUGAUGACACAGUCACGUGUGUGGCCAUCAGUACUGAGCUUGACAUGGCAGUAUCGGGGUCUAAGGAUGGCACAGUCAUUGUACAUACAAUUCGACGAGGUCAAUUCAUGCGGACCCUGCGACCCCCCUGUGAAAGCACGCUGCCCAUGACUAUUGAUGACCUUGUCAUUGGAUGUGAGGGUCAGAUUGUCAUUCACAGCAGUAUAGAAAGCAGGGCAUCAUCAAAGGAUAAAAUGCUCUUGCAUCUAUAUUCUGUGAAUGGCAAGCACCUGGCCUCUGUGUCCAUGGAUGAGCGAGUGUCCGCAAUGUGUAUCGUUGAAGAGUUUGUGUUACUGGGUACCGAGCAGUGCUCACUGCAGAUACGGGACCUACGGAGUUUGAAGAGUGCAAUGGAGCAAAUGGUCAUGAAGGUUCCCAUUCAUUGUGUUUCUGUUACCAAAGAUAACAGCCAUAUUCUAGUCGGUUUAAAUGAUGGAAAACUAAUUGUGGUGGUAUCGGGUAAACCCUCUGAGACGCGGUCAAGUCAAUUCGCUAAGCGUCUGUGGAGUUCCACCAGGCGCAUUUCUCAGGUGUCAUCUGGAGAAACGGAGUACAACAAGACUGACACAAGCACCAAGUAGAACUCCUGUAUGAUUGGCCACAUUCUACCAAGAAUUCAUCUGCUGUUACAAUCUUCAAAAAACUUUUCAAUCUAUUUAAAACUUUUUUAAAAAAUAAACACUCAGCAAAGCUGGCAGACUGGAGAAGCAUAGGGCUGUGCUUCUUCAUCCACUUUUAAUGAGCUGCUUUCACCAACCAAAGCGCCUGUUCAGAUCCAAAGGAUUUAAAACAUUGAAUGUUUACAAUGAAUGUGGGAGAAUGAUCCAAUGCCUUAAUACUGCAAGGACUUAUAAAAUAGUUUUUUUUUAAGAUAAUUGUCAAUUUUGACAACAUCCUUCUCUCUGCACAGUGUGAACCUCUGGAUAUAUGUAGAAUGUUGUGGUUAUUAUGAGGGUAUGAAGAUGUUAAUAACUGAGUUUUGGAGAUUUUUUGUGGGCAGGGAUUUUUUUUAUCAUUGCUCUGAAUCUUCACCUUUUCAAUGUUUUUGUCACUGUUGCAACUUGGGAAAAGUUAAAGAUACAAGACAUAUUGCUAAAGUUUAAAGUACAUGUAAAGGAUUGUUGUUAUCUGCUAACACUUGAUAUCAUAUUAACAGCUGAUGUACAAUUCAUCUGCUAACAGUUAGUCUUUCAUAUCCAUUUCUGUAGCUUCUAUUUCCCAGAAAUUCAUUUACAGCACAGAGAAGGGAUAUUUGGCUCAUUUGAAUCAAUGUCAGCAGUUCAGUCAGUUCCAUUACCUUAUCCCCAUUGGUCACUUCUUUCAUGUGCACUUCCACUUUUCGAAUUAUUGAUUAUCACUAUUUGUACCGCCCUUAUAGGCAGCUAGUUUUAGAUCAUUGGCGUUGACUGUGCAAAACAAGUUCUUCCUCAUAUUUGCCCUACAUCUCUUGUUAAAACCUUAAAUCUGUGUUUCCUAUUCUUUGUACCCAUUAACUGAUUGCAC